GAUAGAGUACAGAGGAACAGAGACAUCAGGAAAGAACCCACAAUCCACUCGUGCAGAGCUGCUACUGUCAAACUGAUGAAGGCAGAAACUUGUGAGAGAAAACUGCACGGAAAGUUCCUAUUAAGGAAAGGAGUGAGGUUUUGUUUGCAUGUCAUGGCUCACCUAUCCCACAAACCCUGAAAGUGCUGUAAAAACUGAAAAGUGUGAAAGGGAACCUCAGGUGUAGCCAUGGAAAAGACAGAUGACCAGAACUGCCAGGAUAGACAUGAAGAGGACAACCCAAAGAGUUCCCCAUUUGACUUUGUAAUAAAACAGUUCCAAGGAAAGAAGUGUGCUCCUGAAAAAAGGGAAGAGCAGCCUUCAGUCAUCAAACAGUUCUUCAAAGGCUUUGACUUUGGGAAAUCUGAAGGAAAGGACAGCAGGGAAAUUGAAGAAACAGAAAUAAAAAAUGAUGGAGCUGAUGAUCAGAGUGAAAAGCAAAAUCUCUGUGUAGAAGAUGGACUUUCACAUCUCACUUCUGAAGCCGAGUCACCAUCUGGUGAGCAGAGAUUUAACCAGUUCAUGGAGAAACUGGGAAAGAAGCCCAGCAGCAAGAAUCUGGAUCUAAACAAUUGUGCACUAAGUGCAGCAGAUAUAACAGAGCUAGCUUCCUUACUGCCAUUUCUCCCAGAGCUGGAAGAGAUCAGCCUGUCCUGGAAUGGUUGUGCUGGAGGGACUUUGAAAGCUCUCACUGCCCAUCUUCAUCAUGUGAACCUGUUAAAAGUCCUCCGACUUAACAACUGCAGGCUGACAGCUGAAGAUGUCAUCUCCUUAGGAGAGGCAUUUGAAAUUGUUUCUCAGCUUGAAGAACUGGAUUUAUCAUGGAACAGUAACAUAGGUGGAAAACUAUCACUGCUGACAAAAAAAUUUCAGGAAGGAUGCAAAUUAAAGUGUCUGAAAAUUACGGACUGUAACCUGACGGCAAAGGACGGAGAAUCCCUUGCUGAACUUCUAAAUGUGAUCCCAAACCUCGAAGUAUUAGAUAUCUCUAUCAACAAAAACAUUGGCUGCAGCAUGAAGGUUAUUGCUCAGGAUCUGAAAAAUGUGCCAGGCUUGAAAGAGUUAAACUUGCACAUGUGUGGAUUAAAGCAAGACAGCCUCCAGAGCUUAGACACUGCUUUACAGCACCUCACAGAGCUAAGGAAAUUAGACAUCUCAUGUAACAGAGAGAUUGGUGGCGGCUUUAAAGCAUCAACAGCUCAUUUGGCCAGCUUGAAAAAUCUGGAAGUCCUUGAUCUUCACCAGUGCUGUGUCACAGAAGAGGACAUGACUGUUUUGUCCCAGGUGAUACCUUUACUCUCCAAUCUUCAAGAGCUGAAUUUAUCCUCGAAUAAAAAUGUAGGACUCUCAUCAGAUCCUCUUCUGGGCAGGCUCAGGUUUUUACCAAAGCUGAGAUCUGUGACCGUCAGCAAUUGUGGCUUAGGUGAAGAGUCCCUUUCAUCACUAGCUGAGGCUGCCCUUCACCUUCCUGAACUGGAGAUAUUAGACCUUUCUUGGAAUAAGUGCGUUGGUGGGAACCUAAAGCUGCUUUUGGGAGCACUAAAGCUUGCAACGGAGAUUCAAGUGUUAAGACUGAGCAGCUGUAACCUGGUGGCUGAAGAUUUGGCACUUCUAACAUCCCUGAGGCAAGAUGGCCAUUUAGCCAGAUUGCAGAAGCUGGAUUUGAGUUAUAACAACAACAUCUCUGAUGAAGGCUGGGCUGUUUUCUGCCAAGGUUUAGGAGCAUUCAAGGAGCUCUCAGAGCUGGAUGUGAGCCUCCGGCCAUCGUCCUGCCGGGACUGCGGGCCAUGGUUCGGGGAGUUGUUGGCAGCACUGACACAGCUGCCAGCCUUGGCAGAGCUAGCCAUGCAAAGAUGGGCCCUUUCAGAGUCCCAGAGGAAGCAAAUGGAAGGCUUUAAUCAAGACAACAAAAGAAACAUUCGUUUUGACUGCUGAUAAAUGUUGGAGGUGUCUGAAAGGUCUUUUGGGAGCAGCACAUGAAGCAAGCAUUACGUGUGUCCGACUUAGAAGACUGCAGUUUUUAAUAAUCUCUUGAAAUAGUUUCACAGUUACUGAAAACUGUUAUUUGACCUUCUGCAACAUUGAUCAUUCCAUUUCAUAAUGUCCUUCCAGAUCUCUGGGCCACGCUUACACUACUCAAUCUUCAUGUUGUGAAUAUUGGCAAGGCCACUGCCCACAGAGCAAUGCUGGGGUCAGAGGGAGGGGCUGGGUUUGUGUUGAUGCAGGUGGGUGGGCAGUGUGAAUGUGGCCUCAGAAAAUACCUCUAAUGUGAAAAUACUUGAAAACUCCAUGUUUUAAAUUUUAGUUUCUGCUCCCCUCAAAACUUUUGCCUCUUUGUGAAUUAAUUAAAUCAUAAGUGGGAGAUUUGGCAUCCAUCCCAACAACUCAACAUUAUAGAUUAGUCCAGGAAGGAGAACACAGAAGGAGCUGGUCUGCCUCUGCUCUGGUUCUUGAUGCCAUCUCAUAGUGUAGAUGACUCUUGUGAAGAGAAUCAGCAUAAAAUCAAGGUAAGAAACUCCUAAUUGGUGUCUUUGCAAGUCUCGGGGCAAGGAAAAAGCUAUGGUACAUUAAAUCAGAGAUAUGUCCUGCUACUUCAACAAGAAUUUUGGUUACAGAGCAAUCAAUAAGUGCCAAAUUCUGGCACAGUCACUUGUGUCAUGGAGCAUGUUAACCCACACGUGAGCUCCAGGACUGCAGUGGGAUUAUUCAUUGGUAAGGUAUUUUAGGAAGUAAAGAUAUUAGAUCUGCCCACUGAGUGAGGAGUCUUAGAGAAAUCCUGAGGCAGCUUGAGGGAUAAAGUACUGCUCAAUUAGCUCUGAGCAUCUCUACAUGCUGCAGCAGUCUCCUGGAGGAGUGGCACAACAGGAUCAUUCAGUGGCACCUUUCUAACUUGCUAAGGCCCCCCCUCAGCAAGUUCUCCCUGGCAGAUGCUGAUCAAUAUUCAGCUGUCAGUCCAUGAGACCCUUCCAACAUCAGCUUUUUCCUGUUCAGGGCUAUAACCAGAAGCUGACUGUGCUGAUACAUAUUGAUCAUUUAAUCCAUGAUUUCAUGUAAGAGUCACCUGGACUUCCUGUAAGUUCCUGAAAGUUCCACUUUCAGUUCCACUUGAAAAGUGCACUUGGCUCCCCCAAAUUUGAGAAAUGUGAGUUGAAUGCACAUUUCUCAGUCAGGGGCAGCAGGGAAUUGCUGUGUGGGAUCCUAAACCUCUGAAAUAAAGCAAAGAGCCCCUGCUUCAUUUAGGGCUAACAAGAGAGAUGUUCAAGCAGUGACUUAAGCCAGGUCAAUUGUUCUAAAGAGGAAAAACCAUCAUGUCUGUUUAACAGCAUCACACCAACCUGUUCUCUUUAUCACUUGUCUUCACUUUCCUCCUCAAAUCCACCUUUGAUCCAAUUGGGAAAUUGAUAUUUUAUCUGUUCUGUGAGAAUUUCUCUGAAUUAAUCCUUUCCCACUUGAACCUCUCUCUCCAGUUUACCUUUAUUGUCCACUUUCUGUUGAGGUCUUCCUAACUGAACUCAAAUUCAGUGUUGGGGUUUCUUGUUCUUUCAUAGCUGGAUUCCUCAUUCUCAGCUCCAGAGCCCAGGAUAGACCCACUGCUGGCAAACUUUCCCCUGCUCAAUCCUUUGCCUUCUUAUUAUUCUGUCAUGCCAAUUGUGCCACUAAAAAGCUUUUGUUCCUUUUAUCACCUCUACUAAAUGUCUUGUCAAUCUGCCAGUCUGCUCAGAAAUCUCUCUUCCAGUUAUUUCCUCCUUGGCAGUUUCUGAUUCAUCCUUCUCUCUGUUCCUCUUUGCUUUCACUUAGGGUGAAAAAAUUUCAUUAGACAUUUCCAAACAAUCAAAACAGCCUCAGUUACCCAGUGAAAUGGAAAAUCUGAACAGAGCCGUCCCACUUUGCUGCAGUCCCAGCUCCCUUCUGCCAAUGAGCAUGUUAAUGAGAUUUCAGUAUCAAUCAAGAGCUAAACAGAAAUGAGUUCCAUGCCCUGGAUGCAGACUCAGAGAGCACUACCUGGAGAUGGAACUCUGGUUCCUCAUCAACUCCCUCAGGAUGCACCACCUUCCCUGAGGCAAGGGGAGGGAGAGCAGGACUGCAGUUCUGACCAGCCAGUUGAACUAAACAAAGGGCUCUGCUCCCACCCACUCUGCAUUUUGAACCUGCACAGUGGCUGGCCUCAGUCCAGCUUGGUGCCCUGUGUACACUGCAAAAGAAACUCAGGGCCUUAAAGGGUAGCUGAGCAAUACAGAAUAAAAACUAGACAAGGACAUUGUGUCUAGGACAAACAGCUGUCUGCCUGUCAAAUGCUGUGAAAAGACAGAGUUGCACAUAAAUUUGACAUGCAAGAAUUAUAGCAAUAUUAUGUUUGUCAUGGUUCUUUUUAAUAACAAAGGUGUUAUGAUGUGUCAGAACCAGAAUCAUGGCAGAAAUUGCAUCCUGCAGACCCACUGCUUUCAAAUAAGCCUGCCAUACACAGACACAUCCCAAACUGUCCCCAAGCCAUGUCAGAGAUGAGCAGUACCACUAAGGAAGUGACAGCUUGCAGUCGUUCAAAGUGCUGUAACCACAGAUUGUCAAAACAUCAGUGAACAGUUUUGCACAAGUGUGGAGAGCGUGGAGAUACUUUCAAACAGCUUUUUUACACCUCUGUAAGACAGGAUGGCAAUGCAGGUCCUGGUAGAAGUGUGUGGCCUGUCUGGAAUCCUACUCCACAUUUCCAAACAAGGUACUGAUCAUUUCUGGAGGUAAAGUGCAUAAAUAAGGUUUAUAAACUGUGAUGUUGUUGGGAUCAUUACUAAACACAGAUAGACAACAGGAGUUUUAAAUGCUGAGCUUUGAUAUCAUUCCUGUUCUGACAUUUCUGGCCUGAUGCUGCACCAUGUACCAAAAGAGAUUAAGAGUCCCUCCAAUUCUGCAUUUGGGAGCAGAUGAAGUCCAUGGCAUUUCCCUGUAGCAGCAGAACAAUGUUCCCUGUAGCAGCAGAACAUUGUUCUAUUGUUCCUGCCUGCAAUUUACUUAUGUCUUCUGGCAGACAUUUAAUUCCUUUAUCUUGUCCCAUCUGUAAUCUUUCUAAUGACUCCAGAAGAAAGAUCUCCUUUGGAAAGAUACUGAAUUUAUUUUCAGAAAGGCUAAGGCAUUUAAAAUUUUCAGUUCCUUCACCUCCACAGGUAUCUAGACACAGUCAUUAAAAAGAUAUAUUAUGUCAAUUAAAUAGUAAUCUUUGGAAUUUUGUUUUUAGAGAAAAAAAAUCUCCUAAAAAAAUACUGUGGAGCUGCAUUACUGUUGAUAGAUGAACACAGAAAAUUCUGCUCAUUAAUGUCACAUUAUACCUCACAGUAUGGUGGAAAUUUUGGCAAAGAUAUCUAUGUUGUUUCCUGUGCUGGAAAGAUUUCUUAUGGGUUUAAUUUUAUUUCUCAGCAGAAACAUUAAUCUGCUUCUUCAUUUCCUUU